AUGUUCCGUCUGCACGUCUGGGGCCCCGUGUCCACCUCCCUGACCUUUUCCGCCCCCUGUCUCGCCACCAUCUGGUACAUGCAGCUAUGUGAUAUCGACUUCACGGUAGUGCAGUCGUCCAAUGAAGGUCUGGCGGGCGAGCUGCCGUGUCUGGAGACGUCGGAGAAAAAGAUCGGAGGCGCCGAGUCCAUCAUUCGAUACCUCAAGUCGCUGGGACACAACCUCGACGCCGAUCUGACCUCGGACGAACAAAUCAAAAACACAGCUCUCCUGGCCUACAUGAGCAGUCUGCAGACAAUCACAGAGUACUGUCUGUUUGUGGACGAAGAGGCGUACCAGAAGGUGACCCGGCCCAUGUUCAACGAGUUCAUGCCUUUCCUAAUGCAAUACAAUGUCAGUGUACGACUUCGAGAACAGGCCAAGGACCGAUGCUGUGCCGCUGGAAUCGACACGGCGACGCCCUCGUGGGCUGUUUCGGCAACCAAGAUGGCGUCCGAGUCUCUCACCAACCCCAAGCCCAGCAUGGGUAAGCUCUACGAUCAGUCUGUUGAGCGUGAAAAGCAGAAAGACGCCUCCAAGGCCGUUUCCAAGACGGUUUUCCGACUGCUCAACUCGGCCACAGAAAUUUACACCGACAUGAUGGAUACUGCCACAGCAAAUGUCGCCAAAGGAAGUCUGUUCAGCACGGUUUCCACGUCAGAUGUGUUUCUGUGUGCUCAUCUGCAGCUUCAAAUGCUGCCUGCGCUGCCUGACUGUGCUGUGGCCGGGUUGCUGAAGAGCAAGUUUCCCGCUCUGUUGCAGUACGAGGACGUGUUCGUUGAGAAGAUUGGCAACAAGGACCUCAAGGUGGAAGGACCGCUAGGAAAGGAUGCUCCUUUAUGGAUUUACCAUUUGAAGCAGAUUUUGGGGUGGUAUUAA